CUAUCCGAUGUCGCAAGAGAACACGGCGCCGAAGUGCUAGAGCCAGAUCGCCAGGGAAAGAUCCGGUGGAAGAAAGCCACCCACAUUAUUUCGAACACGAUUGACUUUGAAGAAUACACCGAGUCGCUGGCCGCCAUGGUGCCCGUGGUCAAGUCGGACUGGAUCAGAGUCAGCAUUCAUCGCAGAAAGCUGGCGCAGUUACGGCCCUACUCGCCAGAUCCCCGCAUGAUUUUCUCAAGCGUGACCGUCACUUGCGCCGACAUCCCAACCCUAGACAAGGAGGCAAUCUGUGGUGGCGUUUUGGCCCUCGGGGGCAUGGAGUCCAAGGAUCUAAACAAGUUAACCACCCACAUUUGCGCUCUCACACUGGAACACCCAAAGUGUCAGGAGGCGCUCGAGAAGAAGUUGAAGGCCAAGAUUGUCCUUCCUCAUUGGUUCGACGACUGCUUCCGUCUGGGCAAACGAAUCGACGAAGGUCCAUAUCUCCUCCCCGACCCGGAAGUCUUGCGCACUGCCUCCGAAGAACCGGUGAAAAUCCCAAGUAGCCAGCAACUUGAGGGUGCUAGCUCUGCUGUCCCCAGUGGCCCAUACGAACCGCAGGGGGGGGAGAAGCUCGUGGUGUUUUCGCAGAAGAAGGUUCUGUUGGGCGACGACCUCCCCAUCAACGACUCGACCCGUAAGACCAUUGGCGAGAAGAUUGCAAGAGGUGGAGGCGAGGUUGUGGGGACGGUUGAAGAGUGCAAUACCUUUGUCGGUCACUACCGUGAUGGCGAGCAAUACGUCAGGGCUUCACAAAUGGGUAAAGACGUCGGCAACUUGGCGUGGCUCUACUAUUUGAUUGUGUACAACGAGUGGACUUCGCCGCUUCGGCGCUUGCUUCAUUACCCAGUUCCAAGAGAACCUCUGCCAGGAUUUAAGGACCUAAAGAUCACACUCUCCAACUACGGUGGUGAGGCCCGUAUCUACCUGGAGAACCUCGUCACGGCUGCCGGUGCUACAUAUACCCGGACGAUGAAGGCAGAGAAUACACAUCUCAUCACGGCUCGCCUGCAUAGCGAGAAGUGUGAAGCCGCCAAGGACUGGAACAUCGAGAUUGUCAACCACCUCUGGAUCGAGGAGAGCUAUGUUGCCUGCCAGGCUCUGGCUCUCAACGACGACAAGUACAAAGCAUGGCCUCGGCGAACGAAUCUUGGCGAAGUUAUUGGCAAAAGCUUCCUCGACGAGACUGUGCUCCGCAAUCUGUACUACCCAGGAGGAGAGGAACACAUGGAUGCGGCAGCAAAGAAGAAGAAGAGAGUGGCCGCAGCGGCGCAAAAGAAUGCGCUCACCAUGAACCUGGACAAGGACUUUGGCACCAUGCAAGACUCGUUCAUGGCGGAUUCGAGCCCAGCGCCUGCUGCACCGGCAACGGCGAAGAAGGGGCGAAAGCCAAAGGCGGCGACUGCUGCCGCCCCAACCGCGGCCAACCUUGUCACGCCAGCUAAGGGUCGUCAUCUUCGCACAGGGAAGGAGAAUGAUACCCCCUCCGUCCUGUCAAGCGGCACCCGGAGUGCCAAAGCAGCUGCGCUCUCCAAGCUUCAGGACAUUGCUCCGGAUCUGGCGUUGUAUGAGAAGGAAAAGAGGAGGCCACUGAAGGAUGGGGUUUGGGGUGGUAAGAGGGCGAUGGAUCAGAUUGACAAGGAGAGAAGCACGAGAAGCUCUAGUCCGGCCGGCCAUGCUGAUGCGGAUGGUGAUGAAGAGGAAGAGGAGACUGGUGAGAAGAGCAGGCCGUCCAAGAGGCCGAGGUUGACGCUGCCGAAUGUCACGAUGAGGAUUUGCGCGACGGGUUACAAGAGAUGGGUAGGGAAUAAGAACUUGGAGGAUUCGGACCGGGUAAGCUUGCUUCCCACAUCUCUUUAUCGAGCAUUGCUAACACCUCCGCAGAAGAAACUGCGCAACCUCGGCGUCACCCUGGUGCAAGACACCCAACCGUGCGACUACCUCGCCGCCCCCAAAGUCGUCCGCACGAUGAAAUUCCUCAAGUGCCUAGCCAAGGGCGCGGAAAUAAUCAACACUUCGUUCCUCGACGCCUGCCUCGAGACGAACAAGCGUCCGCCAGUGGAGGACCACUUUUUGGUUGACGAGGAAAACGAAAAGAAGUUCAACAUCAACCUCGGGACGUCUGUCGGGCGCGCGCGCGCGAAUAAAGGGAAGCUCCUGUGGAAUGUGCCGAUUUAUUGCACAGCGGACAUCAAGAACGGGGUGGAGAACUUUAAAGCCAUUGCGGAGGCGAACGGGGCGAUAUUCAAGAUUUAUAGGGCGAGGAGCGGGACGACGAUCAAGCCGACGACGGCGGAGGAGGAUGGGGGGGCGGACCCGGACCCGGUGUAUUUGCUGAGCGGGACCACGCCGGGGGAGAAGGCGCUGUGGCCCAAGUUUGAGGAGAUGGCGGUUAAGGGGCACUGCGAGCCGAGGGUGGUGAAUGGGGAUUGGUUGUUGGAUGUGGCGAUGAGGCAGGAGUUGACGUUUGAUAGGAAGUAUCUUUGGAAGGGGCAGGAGGAGGCCGGGGGGGGGGGCGUGAUGGAUUGA